AUGCAAGCUCAUGCAAGCUCAAUCUGUUGUGUGAGCCCUAAGGAGUCCCCGUUCGGUUACCAGUCCCCGUUCGGUUACCAGUCCCCGUUCGGUUACCAGUCCCCGUUCGGUUACCAGUCCCCGUUCGGUUACCAGUCCCCGUUCGGUUACCAGUCCCCGUUCGGUUACCAGUCCCCGUUCGGUUACCAGUCCCCGUUCGGUUACCAGUCCCCGUUCGGUUACCAGUCCCCGUUCGGUUACCAGUCCCCGUUCGGUUACCAGUCCCCGUUCGGUUACCAGUCCCCGUUCGGUUACCAGUCCCCGUUCGGUUACCAGUCCCCGUUCGGUUACCAGUCCCCGUUCGGUUACCAGUCCCCGUUCGGUUACCAGUCCCCGUUCGGUUACCAGUCCCCGUUCGGUUACCAGUCCCCGUUCGGUUACCAGUCCCCGUUCGGUUACCAGUCCCCGUUCGGUUACCAGUCCCCGUUCGGUUACCAGUCCCCGUUCGGUUACCAGUCCCCGUUCGGUUACCAGUCCCCGUUCGGUUACCAGUCCCCGUUCGGUUACCAGUCCCCGUUCGGUUACCAGUCCCCGUUCGGUUACCAGUCCCCGUUCGGUUACCAGUCCCCGUUCGGUUACCAGUCCCCGUUCGGUUACCAGUCCCCGUUCGGUUACCAGUCCCCGUUCGGUUACCAGUCCCCGUUCGGUUACCAGUCCCCGUUCGGUUACCAGUCCCCGUUCGGUUACCAGUCCCCGUUCGGUUACCAGUCCCCGUUCGGUUACCAGUCCCCGUUCGGUUACCAGUCCCCGUUCGGUUACCAGUCCCCGUUCGGUUACCAGUCCCCGUUCGGUUACCAGUCCCCGUUCGGUUACCAGUCCCCGUUCGGUUACCAGUCCCCCUUUGGUUACUAG